UCAUCACUUUACUACUCUGUCUGGAUGCUGGACCCAGUUCCUUAUAACGUACUAAAUCUUAAAUUUUGGCACAAACAUGGGGGCCAUGAAAAAGAUCAAGGGGAGAAGGAAGAUUGGAUUUUAAUACCUUUGAAGCCAGAGCCUGAGAAAAAGGGGACAUCUGCAAGGCCUGAUGCUGCCAAAGGACGUGUGCCUUCACAGGCUGAUAGUAUAAAAGGGAGAUUGACAAAUUCAGAAGCUCGCUACAGGACCAUUACUAAAACUUUACCCAGUCCUUCCAAACAAGUCCGAUCAAGGAUAGGCAAUCAACCCAAAUCAUCCCCAAUCCCUAUAAAAUCCACCACUACAAGCCGCAGUAUUGGAAUCCAAGCUUGUCCAUCACUAUCUACUGUUGGUAUACAGACUGACUCAUGGUUUUGACUGUACCUCACACUUGAUCUCUCCACCUGCCAACCCCAGUCCCCACUCCUAGAAGUGAGCCCUUUUCAUUGUACCAUCAGAACUUUUUAACAGAACUGAUUGCAUUCAUACCAUAUUUCU